AUGAGCACUCCAAAACAGCGACCACCUUCUACAUGCGUUCAAAACUUUCAUUCGUGCUUUUCCAAAUUUUCUCAAGUUGCAAAUAUACCUACAUUCAACUACGAGAUCGAUGCUGAAGCGGAUAUGGUAAUCGUCUUGAGAACUCUGAAUGCUAGCUUUGCGUCUUCGAGCCCCGCUGAGGUUGAAGUGAGCAUUACAACGUUUGACCAGGGACUUGCUUCUGAAGAUACUGACCAGGCAACCUCCGUCAAAGUUGCUAUUGCCCCAGAUGAUGAAAGCGAGUCAAUCCUGAACGACAUCAAGGGAGACGAAAUCUGGUCCUGCGUCUUCCCACGCCACCCGAUAUCGAUAUUAUCCACAACGAGCGUAUGCUGCUCCACAAUGGAGCGUGUGCUGCGAAAGCUAAGCUCUACAAGGCGUGAACGAGGCCGAAUGCUACUUAGCGCACGGAAUCCCGGAGGAAAAUUGCAGGAUUAG